AGGGAAGAGCUGCGAGGAGACGUGGGGAGGAAGAAGAGAAAGAAGGAGAGCUUUGCUGAGUUGUAUGUUGACUGCAGACGUUUUCUUUCUCUCUCCUGGACUUGAGCGUUGGAUGACAACGUUCUGUUUCGGGAGCGGGUGAGGUGGCGAGAACAGGAACUUGUCGAUUUUGAUGAGUCGUGGGUUUGUUAGUGUAUGAUUCGUGACCUGGAGGCUUGAGGGGAAGAACGGUGGAAGGUAGGUAGCAUCGUCUGGGUAGAAAUAAACAUUAGUUAGCAAGUGUUCUGCACUGAAUUUGGAGGUAGUAACAAUCUUGACGUAUUGGGUUGGCAAGUUUGUGAUUCUUGAUUUGAUGCGGUAAACUGCAUGAAUUGUAUAGUCUGGUAUGGCCUCCAGGCUUGUGUGUAUGUCAUCGGUUGAGAUGGACUGGUCGACGUUUCUAAGGAAAACAGAGAAAAGUUGUGAAUUAGCUCUGGGAGGUUUCCAAGUAACUGAAAUCAGAUGUCUUCGGCUAGUUAGUCUUCAUAUUCCAAAAACAGUGAUAGCUGGCAGUCCAGCUUGGCUUAACUGCACGUACGCCUUGGAAACAGAUGUUCUGUAUGCAGUGAAAUGGUAUAAAAAUGAAACCGAAUUCUACCGCUAUGUACCACGUGACAACCCUCCAGCACAGAUUUACAGUUUACCGGGAAUAUACAUAGAUCUGAGAAAGUCUUACGAAGGGCACGUGUUUCUUAACGAAACUGACAUGAAUUCUGAAGGUAACUACAGAUGUGAAGCGUCAGCUGAGGCACCUUCCUUUCAAACUAUAAUGGGUGAAAAGAAAAUGCAGGUGCAUGUUAUACCACAAAAGGGCCCUGCCAUCGAAGGUAUCCAGCCCAAGUACGAUGUUGGAGACUUCGUUAAUGUCACUUGCAAGUCUUCUCCGUCUCGACCAGCUGCCAAGAUCCAUUGGUUUAUCAAUAACCAAGAGCCUUUACAUCAUGCUCUGGUUCCUUAUCUGGAGAAUGAAAACAUUCGAGGACUAAUCAGCUCUAAGAUGGGUUUAUAUUUCGAACUCAUGGAUCAACAUUUCGUACAAAAUGCCAUCACUUUAAGAUGUUCGGCGGCCAUUCUAAACAAUUAUACCUUAAGCAGUGAAGAGAUUGUCAUCGGUGGAAGCUUCUCUCUCUCUAGUCCUUACCCAAGAAUAGGUUCAAAUUCGGGAGGUCCCGUAAUUACUGGCGGUUACCCAGUUUACAGAAUUAACGAUGUCGUCGAUGUUAACUGUUCUUCUGCCACUACUAAAACUCCAGUUUUACUCCACUGGUUCAUCAACGAACAACCGGCUCCCGCAAGGCAUCUGGUGAGAUACCGUGUACAAAUGGACAGACAAAACGAGAUGAUAGCAGUUCUAAGACUGAGAUUCAUCACCAAACACAAACAUUUUCAAGAUGGAGAGAUGCAUCUGAAGUGUACUUCAACUUUGUCCGAUGUUAAGAAUAUGUCCACUAGGGAGAACGUUUUUGGUAAUCACCAUAAAAACUCCAAACUACAUGCUUCCGAAGAUGAAGUUAUUGGAAAUAGUGCUCAGCUGCUCAGAAGUCAGCUCCUCUACCAUUUCCUCUUCGUUUUUACUACAGCGAAGCUCCUGGUUAAGCCCUUCUAACAGGAUCGGAUAAUUCUCUAUCUUAACUUUGUAAAAGCUAAAGGUCGGAUCUUCAAUGCUUUUCAAUUUGUGUUCAUGUUAGUAAAGUUUCAACAAACAUUCUACUAAAUACAAUCCUUACCUUGCACAUAACAAACUGGCAACGAAACAUAUGAAGAAAGAAACGUUGAGUUCAUAUUUCAAACUUAAUAUUUAGGGCAUGCCAUAAAGACUUAAUAAUGGCGGCUUAAGAAAAAAAAAUAUUAUGGUUGUAAGCUGUGACUUACUAUAAAGUGAACAAAAAAUAUCAAAAAUAAUAAUACUAAAGUUAUAGACACUUGUGGAGAAAGUCUUUUUAGGACUAAUCUACAAAAAUAGCAUAGAUUUAGAUUAGUCCCCAAGAUAUGUUACUGUCCAUUUACCUGUGUUGUUCAUGAUGAAAGCUCUACCUAAGUUAUCUAUAAGUAUCUUGUUGGCUUACGAAAAUUAGAAUGCCGCCACUUUGUUCAAAACUACUACAUUAAUAACUUCAAGCUAACUAAUUUGAUAGUGUAAUUCAAAUUUCUCUCUGAUGAAAGUUGAAUUUUAUAUUAAUGGAGUGAACCUUUAUGGUCUGUACGCAAGCCGUCCCUAAAGAAAGUUGAAAAUUAGAUAUUAGAAGUAAAUCUUUAUUAACUUUUUGUACUGUAUCCCUGAUGAAGACUUAAAUUUAGGUUUUAGGAGCAAAUCCUUAUGAACAGUGUGUAAGAUGUCCCUGAUGAAGGCUUAAUUUUAUAAUUUGACAUAAAACAUUGUUUUCUGCAUGUGCGCUAAUGUGCCCCUGAUGAAUACUUAGAUUUAGAUUUUAAGAAUAAAUUAACAUUGAUUGCUUGAGCGUAAAUGCUUUUAUUUCCAGAAAUACAAUUAAUAAAAUUAUUUGAAAGUGUUUAUUUCAAGUUCGUUUAUUUAUUUAUGCUCACGAGAAGCAUUUUUGUCCAAUCUUUGGCUUAGAAGACAAAAACAUUGUGUACUGUAGUAAUUAUAACAACUUUGCGCUAUUUCAUCAAAUAAAAGUUUUGUUCUUGGAAGUGUUUUUGAAGUUAUAUUUAUUUUUAACUGUAAAAUCCUAUCAUUUAGUGUAGUUUCAUUGUGAAGUAGUAGAUGGCACCAAAGAAAAUGGUAACACAUUGAAAUAAGUAGAAAGGAAUAUAACACAAGUGUAUGUCAAUAAAGUAUUUAAUUUAAAGAAUUAACUAUGGUAUUACGUCAAAAAAAAGAGAGGAAAGAGUUAAACUAUUGUAGCAAAUCCAUGAAAACUAAAUAACUGUGGUACUAAAUUCAAGAAAAAGAACUACCAAUGGUAUUAAGUUCAAUAAUUAAUAAUAACUAUGGUAUUAAGUCCAAGAAAAAAUAACCGUCAUGUAAAAUCUAAAUACAAAACAAUUAUAAUAUUUGAAAGAUACAAGAAAAUGUAAUAACUGCGGUAAUAAACCCAAAGUAACAGAAAUAACUACGAUAUUAAGUUGAAGCUAAAGGGCAAAUUGUGCAGCUAAAUCCAAAGAAAAAAGAACUAAUUAUGGUAUUAAGUCCAAGGUAAAAGCUACAUAAAAUGUUAAACUAUAGUAUUAUGUCGAAGAAAUGAUAUCUCGUGAUAGUGUAUACCGCUCUUCUAUUUUUCUAUUAUAGAUAUAUUAUUAUGAAGUAAAAUUAUGAUGGUAUAGAUUCGUUGUUCAGUUUAAUUUAUUUCUAUCAGUUUAUUAACAAUAUAUAUUUACUGCCACCUAUCACAAUGUAAUGAAACUAUGUAUUUCAAUAUUAACUGAAACAAAUAUCUAAUAUUUAGUUAAUCUAUGUAUUAGAACAUUAUAAGAAGCAUCUACAUUAACUACAUGUUCUCACACGAUAAUUAGAUAGUAUGUUUCUACAUUUUUGUGAACUGUUUAUCAGCGUUUACUUUCUCUUAUUUGUAGACUUGACUUUUUGAUAAAUUUUGCAUAUCUUUCUACGAUAACUUAUUAAACGUUUGCUUUCUUUUUAAUAAAUACUUUUUAACUUCAAGCUGUUAAACUACACGUAUUUUGUAAAUGUAUAUAUUUUUGUCUCUUUUCAAGUGUCCAACUAUAUAUGUAUAUAGAUAUCUAUAUAUAUUGUAAAGGUGGUUACGUUUUGUCUUUUUUCCAGCAACUGCAUAAUUUUGUAACAAUAGUUGUUGUUUUUCUCUUUUCAAGUGUUAAACUGCAUAUAUUUUGUAAAGACGGUUAUGUUUUGUCUUUUCAACUAUUCAUAUACAUAGAUUUUGGGCAGUAGUUAUGUUUCAUCUCCUUUUCAAGAGUUCAAAUGUAUAUUAUUUUAAAAGUAGUUAUAUUCUGUCUCUUUCUAGCUAUCAUAUAGC